CCUGCGCCGGUGCGUGGUGACAACGCCCGCCUGGGCCGGCGCCCGCAACGUUGGACCUACAGGGGCCGGCGUGGGCCGGCAGGGCCAUAGACGUCUGCGGGCUCCAGGGACAAUGGCGGUGUUUCACGACGAGGUGGAGAUCGAGGAUUUCCAAUAUGACGAGGACUCGGAGACGUACUUCUACCCCUGCCCGUGCGGGGAUAAUUUCUGCAUCACCAAGGAAGAUUUGGAGAACGGGGAAGACGUGGCAACAUGUCCUAGCUGCUCUCUCAUUAUCAAAGUGAUUUAUGACAAAGAUCAGUUUAUGUGUGGAGAAACAGUCCCAGCCCCUUCCACCAACAAAGAAUUAGUUAAAUGCUGAAGACUGCAGGAAUCUAAAUCCUGAACAUCUGGGAAUGAGCCAAGCUGGAAAAAGUCAAAUGCAUAGUUGCUGGCUUCUUCAUGGGGCAGCCCUUUUGAGUUUGCUGUUCCGUUAGAGUGUGGAUUCUUUGCAUCGGCUACCGAGUUCAUCUCCAAUUAAAGAAGCAAGUCCACAACAUGACGUACCUGGAUUUUGUGCUUCGAACUUCGAAUUGGAAGUGUUCUUAAUUUUCCAUCUGAAUUUAAAGGAAGAUAAUUUCAAUUCAGUAUUUUCUUUCCUUUAGUUAUUUUUACAUCUUACAUCCACUUAUUUCAUUAUCUGAUAACAGCAUCAUCUACCUCAAAGUCAUUAGGAUUCCUUAAUAAAAUGAGGGAUUUUAUUUUUGAGUUGGUUAUUAGGAUUAUUAAAAUUAGCCCUUUCUUUGAAAUUUGACAUCAGCUUUGCAAUCCUAAACUUGAGAAAAUGCAUUGUCUUGUCAGUACUGCACUUUCAGUUCCCACACCAAGCCAGCCUUCUCAGGCUUGCCAUUACUAGAAAGUUCAUGUUCUGGUAAGCAAGCCAUUUCCGUUAUACUUCAUGCAUUGAGUUCUGAUCAUGAUAUUAAAGAGAAAAUGUACUAAGCUCACAAUUUUUCCAGAGCUAAAAGUUAGUAAGAAAGAAAAGUCGAAAAGUGAAAUGGUCAAAGAGUAUGGAGUUACCUUAUCGAUAUUCUGCAUGUUCCUUGAAAAUAAGGACAGAAUAAAAAGAAAAGCAGCCAAAGGAAGUGAAAUCGGUAACAGAAUGAGAGGAGAAAAACAUGCCAACUUAGUAAAUUAAACGCUUGAGUGGUUUUCCCAGGUCAGAGCAAAUAAUAUUUCUGUGUCUGGGUUCUAAUUUGUCUAUUUGUUUGUAGGCAAGGCUGAUGAAACUGCAUUCUAGAUAGUCUUCAUGGCUGGCAGCUGCACUUCAGCAUUGCUGCAAAAUCAAGCCACAACUCCUAAAAGGUAAAGCUUCUACAACUCUUAUACUUGCUGAGGAUGAACUUGAAAAUGAGAGGCCUAUUCUAAAUAAGUAUGCUCCCGAGGGCACAUCUAAUAAGCCUCUGUAAGCUGCAACCACACCAAAGAUUAGCUCUUACAGAGAAAUGUUGCCCUGGAGAAAAGAGAUAUAUAGAGAUAGGCUAUCAGUCAUCCUUUGCUGCAGCAUGGAGAGUAGCAAAAAAUUAGAAUCACUUACAUGGAAAUUCAAAAAUUCCCUUUCUGUACACAAUCUUGCUGUGUGUAUAUAAAGUUAAAAAAACUCACCGAUGUCUGGCAGGUUGUUUUGGCUCCUGCAAUUAGAAAAAUAGCUUGCCAGAACAUGAACAUUCUAUUACCGAUUGAUAAAUGGGCUGCACACACUCUUUGAGGUUUAAGUUAAAACAAGUGAGUGGCCUUUUUUUACCUGCCAGCAGCAUGGCUAUGUGCAGCCAUUAGGCUGAGACAUCAUAAGUCACCAAAAAUUGUAUGCCAGAAGUGUGUGGUACAUUGUAUGGCAUAUUCUUGAUGUGAUGAGAAAUCUCAUUGCUAUUUGGGACCCUGUUGCCCCAGAAGUAAUCCACAGUUGCUUUGGAACCAGUAACGGCUCAGAUGAACGGCAGGCCAUGUGCUGACUUGUGGGAAUGAGCAGCAAAGAGAAAUGAACGCUCCCAUACUCAAAUUUGAUGGUUUGGUUGGUGUCCGUAACAUUCGUUCCCUUAGCUGAUGAUGAAUUUUAAACCAGAACAGACACGAGCAUUUCUAUUCAGAACAGAACAGUGUGGUUCUGCUAUGAGCAUGGAAGAGCAGGAAGACAAGUUGCCCAAGUCCAAACAUCCCAGGAGAACAGAAGCAUAAAUGGCACCUGACAGUCAGUGAUCCUCUGCAAUAAUGGGAGUGAUUUUGUUUCCAAAGCAACUGAGUCACUAAAUUUGUUAACAACAAAAGAACACAUCAGGAUUGAGUCCUAUGUUAAGCAGAAAGUAAAAUCAGGGUCUUUCAGAUAUGACUAGAGUUCCCUGUAAUCUGUGCCUUCUUCAGUUUAACAAACAUAUCAGAGCACCUCUGAGACCGGUUUGUAAUCCAGGCUGUCUCACCAGCUUUGUAAUCUUUGGCAAGGCCGGUGGAUUCCUCAUCUGUGCAAUUAGGAGACUGGGUGAGGUGAUUUCCAGACCUCAGUGCUGUCAUUUCAGGCCUCAUAGCUCGCAGGAGCUGAAAUGGUAAUUGAAACCUUUUUAAACUCAAAACUAUCUAAAUCAUGAAUUACAGAGAGAGAGACUCCAUUCUUCUUCGGUAACUAGAUGUUACCACACUUCUGAGAUUGAAAAUUAUAAAGUCAACGAUUUAAAGGAUUCUGCAUAUACUUUAGUGUGCACAUUUAGAAGCAUUUUUCUUAGCACUCAACGUUUUUUAUAACUGUACAUAUUAAUUUAUUAGAAUAAGUUGUAUUGGCAUGCUAAAUAAAAUCAGAUCAUUCAAAUCC